ACGUAAGGCUAGGCAGUAUGGUCGAAAUGCUAGUUUCUAAGGACGAAUUAAAAAAAAGAAAUCGUAUGUGUAUGUAUGUAUCUUUAUAUUUUUUUACAUACGAUUAACGUAAUGGUUAUAUUUUCUUUGCAUACAAUAUACUCUAAUUGAUAUUUUAAUGAAACUGUGAAGUGGACAUGGUCAUCGGUGAUAAUGGAUAGGUCACCAUCAAUUACUUUAGAAACCGGCUUAGAUUUGAGGCAGGUUACCUCUACGGGAUCAAUACUCCAUAUAAGUCAAAAUGAGGAUGAUUUUUUAUGUACAGAACCAGAAGAGAAUAAAUUUAUACCUAUUGACUUUACUUUUGGAGAGCCUGUAAAUAAUUUUGAACUUUUUGAAAAAUCUUUAACCGCUGUUGAUAAUAAUGGAUAUGUUAAGAAGAAAGUUUUAGAAGAGGGAGGAGGACUACCUUUCUAUGAAGGUCAAACUGUUACAGUUAUGUUUGCAGGAUAUUGGGAAAAUGAAUUAGAACCUUUUGACUCUACUGCUGUGAAUAAGCCUAUGCAUGUGGACCUAAAUGAUAAUGGUUUAUUGCCUGGACUCCAGAUAGCUAUCAAGUCCAUGUUAGUUGGAGAAACAUCUGUGUUCCUUCUUUCAUACAAGGUUAUGUAUGGUGAGAUGGGUAUACCGCCUAGAAUAAAACCAAAAUCUGACUGUGUGUUCUACCUAAAGGCAGUAAAAUGUAUUAUUACACCAAAAGAAGGUCUAUUAAAUAUUUCAGAGCGAAAUAUGUUCCAUCGGGUUCAUGAUGAAGUAAGAAUGCUCUAUAGUUCUGGGUAUACAUUGUACAAAAUAUCAAACUAUUAUGGAGCUGUUAAAUUGUUUAACAAAGCUGUUAACAUGCUUCAUAAAUGUCGGCUGGCUGAUGAGAAAGAAGAGGAGAAACAGGAAAAAUUACUCAAAAAAUUAUACCUUAACAUAGCUAUAUGUAGUAAUAAAAUUAAGAAACCUUUGAAAACUUGUAUAGCCUGUAAUGAAUUGAAUAGACUUAACAAUCUCUGGAACAAUGCUAAGGCUCUAUUGCAGAAUGCUAGGGCUCUAAGAAUGAUAGGAGAAUUUGAUGAAGCUGAGAAAAAGCUUAAGAGAUCACUAAAGUUAUGUCCUGAUGGGGAAGAGGUAAAAAAAGAAUUUACAGUAUUACAAAAAAAUAGAGAUGCAUGUAACCAAAACAAACUUCUUGCAAAACAAUUAGUUGGAGCAGCAUCUAAUGUGCCCAGUGAACAAUUUAAAAAAGAAGUAGAUAAUUUAAUAACUAAUUUUAAGGAGAGUGAUGAUUUAUGUAAAUUAACUUUGCCUGGAGAUUUGAACUCUGCUGAAAUGGAGUAUAUACGAGAAGUUUGUAUUAGAGAAAAUUUAUUUUUCAACAAAAUUAGAGAGAAUUUUGCUUUAGACAAAGAAGAAGAGGAGACUGUAUCAGAUGUGAAGGCUAGCCAAGAUGAUUUAGAUAAAGAACUUGCAUUGUACUGUACUAAUGUAAGCCACUGAUUAAAUAAAAUUUACACAGAAGUUAA